AUGAAGCACCAUUUGAUGAUCGGCACGUGGACCGCCCCCGGGCGCAUCUAUACCGUACAAUUCGAUGAUGAGGCGCUCACUCUCGACCUGGUCAAGAAGACCAACAUCCCCGAGGCCGAGCCUAUUUCCUGGAUGACCUUUUCUCACGACAAGAAAACGAUCUAUGGCGCUGCCAUGAAGAAAUGGAAUAGCUUUGCGGUCAAAGGCCCGACGGACAUCGAACAUCAAGUGUCGCAUCCAGUCGCGGGACACCCUCUCGCUGCCAGCGCCGAUACAAACACCCGAGCCAUCUUUGUACUUGCCGCCCAUCAACCACCGUAUAAUGUCUACGGUAACCCUUUCUACAAACACGCAGGAUAUGGUAACGUCUUCUCCGUGACCGCCGACGGCGCCCUUGACACCAAUGUCCAGAACUACGAGUACGAUCCCAACACGGGCAUUCACGGCAUGGUCUUUGAUCCCACCGAGACCUAUCUCUACUCGGCCGACCUGCAGGCCAACAAGAUCUGGACACACAUCAAGGAUGCCACGACGGGUCAACUCACACUCCUCGAUUGUCUCGAGGCGCCUGCACCGGGCGACCACCCUCGCUGGGUCGAAAUGCACCCCAGCGGGAAGUACCUAUACGCUCUCAUGGAAGCCGGAAACCGUCUGGCUGUCUACGUGAUUGACGAGCGCACUCACAAGCCCGUCUUCACCCACAUUACCUAUCCGCUUCUGCCGCCGGGUCUGCCUCCACGUAACAAGUAUCGCGGCGAUGUGACUUUCACCACGAAGAGCGGCAACUACCUCUUUGCAACUACUCGAUCAAACCACUUUGAUGUGACCGGAUACAUCACGGCGUUUAAGCUGGGGCCCUCGGGUGAGAUUCUGCAACAACUCUUCAUCAAUCCCACUUCUACCAGCGGUGGCCAUUCCAACGCCGUGAGUCCCUGCGAUUUCAGUGACGAAUGGUUGGCCCUCUGUGAUGACCAGUUGGGCUUUGUGGAGAUGUAUCGCUGGCAGGAUGAGAAGCUUGCUCGCGUGGCUCGUGUCGAUAUUCCCGAGCAGGGAUUCGGUAUGAAUGCCAUUUGGUAUGAUUAA